AUGUCGUAUGCAUCCGUAGUUACAGGAACACCAACAAACCAGUCAAGCAACCCAACGAGAUCAGGGUCUCUUGCACAAAACGCUACAAGCCACAACGCGAAUGCCUACCCUCCUCAGUAUCAAGCAGACACAAGGACAGCAGGAAGGGACCACGACAUGGCAUCCUACGGCACAUCCUCAAGCCAGCGAAGAGGUCUCUCAUUCUCCUCACAUAGACAAAAUCAAGCCUCGACCGUACCUCCUUUCUGGGUUCCACCUUAUCUAGAAGAGUCAAGAUAUGCGAAGAAGCUUGAAGCAGCGUACAAUGCUCGUGUACGUGCUUUACGAGAACAAGAUGCUACGAGUUCCAUUGCCUCGAGCUCAAUAUGGAAUUGGUCAAGCAAUGCCAGGAUAGCCCCUUCGCAUCGUGGAAUGACUUACGACAUCAUUGAAAGCAUUGCUCCGCUCGAGGACGACACGAUUCCACUACCAACGAGGUUAAGCAGUACGGACAAGCAUCAAGGUCUUGACUUACUGGGAGAAGGUUUGGAGGUGAGAUACAAUGGUCCGACUGGCAAGGACCUGGAAGCAGCUUCUAUCAGAUCAGAUCAUCCGAUUUCUCCACAAUGUGGCAUAUAUUACUACGAGAUCAAUAUACGGCAGAAAAGCAAGGAUUGUGCUGUUGCUAUCGGGUUCUCGACGUCAGACUUCUCCCUAGAAAGAUUACCUGGUUGGGAGCCCAAAUCCUGGGCAUAUCAUGGAGAUGAUGGCAAAGCUUUCGAAGGUCAGUCUAGUGGUCAUCCUUACGAGUCAGGUUUCGGAGCCUCAGACGUUGUGGGCUGUGGUAUCGAUUUCAACAAGGGUCAUGCAUUCUUCACGAAGAAUGGCCGGGACCUUGGUGUGGCCUUUAGAGAUAUUACCUUCCCAUCGACGCCAGUGUUCCCAUGUAUUGGAAUGAAGAAACAUACUGGCGUGCUAAUAAAAGUGAAUUUUGGUCAACAGCCAUUCGUCUUCGAUAUGAAGGACAAGAUGGCUGAAGAGCAGGAUAACGUCGCGCGUCAUAUAGCUCGGACUAGCACACACAAAAUACACCCAAGACAGCCGACAGAGGCAGCUUUCACUCAAGAGCUGAUCGCGCAAUUUCUGUCCCACGGUGGUUACAUCGAGACUGCGCAAGCCUUCUCUCAACAGGUCGAGAAAGAGCAGCAAGCACUUUACGGCAACGAACAGCCGAGUCAUUCGGAUAUACGCAGUCCAGACACUUUCGAUGCAAGACCACGACAACAAAUCCGACAAGCAAUCCUCGGAGGCGACAUUGACGUUGCCCUCGAUGCGACAGAGGAGCACUUCCCCGGCGUACUGGAGGCCCAUCCACAGAUAUUCUUCCAGCUGAAGUGCCGCAAGUUCGUGGAGCUAGUGCUGAAAGCAGCAAGAAUCGACAAGUCGAGGGACACACUUCGCAGGAAUAAGCAUCCUGGCAAUGGCGCUGCUUCACAACCCUCAGCAGUGGAUGAUGUCUUUGAGUCAGCUAUGGAGCUGGAUGAGGAGCAGCAGACUUCACUUAAUGGACAUGGUAAAGCGCCUAUGCAGACAAAUCCAGAAAGCGAAGAGUACAAUCAAUUAAUAGCUCAAACUAUCGAGUAUGGUCAAAGCUUGAAAGAAGAGUACGGCGAAAAGGGCAAUCCAGAGCAGGAUAAGAUAUUACAUGACAUUUUCAGUUUGAUGCCAUAUUACGAUCCGUCUCCAAGUCAAAACGGACAUCUUCUUGACUUUAGUGGGCGAACGAAGGUUUCUGAGGACCUCAAUUCAGCGAUUCUGACAUCCCUAGGGAGACCUUCAAAUGCCGCCCUCGAGACGCUCUACCGUCAGACCGAAAGUCUACUGGAUGUACUCAGCUUAGAAGGAGGUCCAGCAAGUCUCGUCGAUCUAGAGAGACAGCCAGGAGAAGCAAGUCGAUAG